AUGUCUCAACCCGAAUCAACUACAACAGCAACAGUGAAGACGACUCACGUUCGUUAUGAACCAAACAAUGCUAGCGAGACCACGCUGGGUCCACGUGAUCUGACUGAAUCUGAUCGUGACUUGUUCAAAGCUUUUCAAUCGGCCAUUGCCGAUCAGGUUCGCGAGCACUUUCCUGAUUUACCGGCUUCUGAUGAUUCCAAACUCGAACCAAUCAGUGUUUGUACCGAAGUCAAAACCGAUUCUCGCUUUUAUUUUCAGGUUCAAUUGCCCAAUGGUCAUCAUGUUCGAGCGUCGAUUAUUCAACCACUAGGCAUACCGAUCGAAGGCAGCAAGAUUGAGCGUGAAAAAAUGAUUCAUGUUGAACUUAUUCAAUAA